GCCGGCUGGCUCCGCGUGUCCGACGACCUCUCCGGCGUCUCCAACCGCGGCUUCCAGCUCUCCGUGGAAAACCCGGAGCGCUUCACCUCCGCCCCCUGCAUCCUGGGAUCCCGCGGCUUCUCCAGCGGCUUCCACGCCUGGGAAGUGGAUCUUGGAAACCUCAACAACUGGAGAGUCGGAGUGGCCCGGCCCCGGGAAGGGACCCGCUGGAGCUUCCACCACGAUUCCCGCUCCGGCUUCUGGUUCCUGUACCGGCUUCCCGGGAAGGGCGAGUGCCGCGCUUCCAACGCCGCCCGCUCGGAAGCGGCGCCGGGAAUGUCGGUGCGGAGGCUCCGGGUGGAGCUGGACUGCGACGAGGGGGAGCUCUCCUUCUACGCCACCGACCCGCGCCGGCACAUCUACACGUUCCAUGAAAAGUUCGGGGGGGAAGUGUUCCCGUAUUUCUACGUGGGAGGGGAUGGGGAGGGAGCCCGAGGGGAUUCCCGGGAGGAAGCGCUGCGGAUCUGCCCGCUCCGGGUGCGCAUCCAUGAGGAGAUUCCCGACUAAAGGGUGUUCCCAUGGGGAUAUCCCAGGAUAGGGGUGUCUCCCGUGGGGAUAUCCUGGGAUCAAGGUGUUCCCAUGGGGAUAUCCCAGGAUACGGGUGUUCCCAUGGGGGUAAUUCCAUGGGAGAGACCCCUGAGGAGAUCC